CUGGGAGCAGCUGCUUUUGACAAAGGAGACUCUCAGAUGUGGACACAAGAGAUUCAGUGCAGAGGAAAUGAGUCUCAGAUUCACCUCUGUCCAACAUCACCAUCACAUGAAAACAACUGUUCUCAUGACAAUGAUGUUGGACUGGUGUGUGCAGAAAUAAUAAAUGUGCGUUUGGUUAAUGGAAACAGUCCUUGCAGUGGGACAGUGGAGGUUCUUCAUAGAGGUCAGUGGGGAACAGUGUGUGAUGUUGGUUGGGAUUUGGCUGAUGCUGCAGUGGUGUGUAGAGAGCUGGACUGUGAAGAACCUGUAGAUGCUCUGAGUGAUGCUCAUGUUGGACUCGAAUCAGGACCAGUCUGGAUGAAUAAUGCAAUGUGUGCUGGAUCUGAGUCCACACUGAAAAAGUGUGGAUCUGUCAUAUGGGGUUUUCAAGGUGUGUGUCAGAGCAAGAGUGCAGGAAUCAUCUGCUCAGGCGUCAGGCUGGUUGGUGGUUCUCGCUGCUCUGGGAGGUUAGAGAUACUUCAUGAUCAGACGUGGAUGUCAGUGUGUGACUCUGUCUUUGACCAGCAGGAUGCAGAGGUUGUGUGUAGAGAGCUGGACUGUGGGUGCUCCUGUAGAGAUGCUCAG